GAGCUUCGGGCAGGUGGCGCAUGCGCCGUUUGGGCUGAGGAAAAGCAGCUGGGCUUUGCCAGUGAGCGGCUUGCGGGACUGGCUCGCCGAUAACCAAAAUGCAGUUCCAAUGGGAUUGGCUAUGUCUGAGUGUCCUGCUAUUUAGCUCAGUAACUGCAGAGUUUGAGAAUGAAGAAAUCCAAGAUGCAGAUGUUGAGGUAGAAGAUUUUGACAAGACCUCACAAGAAACUGAUGUUGACGAAGGCAGAACAUCUUUAGAGGUUGUAUACAAGACUCCAAAGCCUAUCGGAGAAGUGUAUUUUACAGAAACCUUUGAUGGAGUAUUGACUGGGUGGGUGUUGUCAAAAACCAAGAAAGAAGACACAGAUGAAAAUAUAGCUAAAUAUGAUGGAAGAUGGGAAGUAGAAGGGCUAAAAGAAAACACAGUGCCUGGAGACCAAGGAUUAGUAUUAAAGUCAACAGCAAAGCAUCAUGCCAUAUCAGCUAUGCUAACAAAGCCAUUUAUUUUUGCUGAUAAGCCUUUGAUUGUUCAAUAUGAAGUGAAUUUUCAAGAAGGCAUAGAUUGUGGUGGCGCAUACAUUAAACUUCUGUCCAGCAGUGAUGACUUGGAUCUGGAAUAUUUUUUUGACAAAACGCCAUAUACGAUUAUGUUUGGACCAGAUAAAUGUGGAGAAGAUUACAAACUGCAUUUUAUCUUCAGACACAAGAAUCCUAAAACUGGAGACUAUGAGGAAAAGCAUGCCAAACGUCCUGAUGUAGAUUUAAAAAAAUUCUAUUCGGACAAAAAGACACAUCUUUAUACUCUUGUGCUGAAACCAGAUGAUACAUUUGAAAUGUCAAUUGACCAAACAGUUGUCAGCAAAGGAAGUUUGCUUGAAGAUUUGGUUCCUCCAGUAAACCCUCCACAAGAAAUAGAAGAUCCCAAUGAUAAAAAGCCUGAUGAUUGGGAUGAGAGAGCAAAGAUUCCUGACCCCAGUGCUGUCAAACCAGAUGAUUGGGAUGAAGAUGAACCUGCCAAAAUGGAAGAUACUGAUGCAGUCAAGCCUGAGGGAUGGCUUGAUGAUGAGCCAGAGUAUAUUUCAGAUCCCAAUGCAGAAAAACCAGAAGAUUGGGAUGAAGAAAUGGAUGGUGAAUGGGAAGCCCCACAGAUUCCUAAUCCAAAAUGUGAGACUGCACCUGGUUGUGGAGAGUGGGUGCGUCCUAUGAUGAAUAAUCCAAAUUAUAAAGGCAAAUGGAAACCACCUAUGAUAGAAAAUCCAAAUUACCAGGGAAUCUGGAGCCCUCGAAAAAUUCCUAACCCAGAUUAUUUUGAGGACCUUCAUCCAUUUGAGAUGACUGCUGUCAGUGCAGUUGGGUUAGAGCUAUGGUCUAUGACCUCUGAUAUAUACUUUGAUAAUUUUAUCAUUUGUUCAGAAAAAGAAGUGGCAGACCAUUGGGCUGCAGAUGGUUGGGGCAUGAAGAAAUUAGUUGCUAGUGCUAAUGAGCCUGGCAUGUUUAGUCAGUUGAUGACUGCUGCAGAAGACCAUCCAUGGCUUUGGGUUCUGUACAUCUUGACCUUAGCACUGCCUGUAGGUCUGGGUGUAUUGUUCUGCUGGCCAGCCAAGAAAGUAGAUGAAGAUAUUGACUACAAAAAAACAGAUAUAUCUAAGCCAAUUACAAAGGGAGAACUAGAACAAGGAGGAGAAGAAUUAGAAGAUGAAGCAGAAUUAGAAGAAGAAAAGCAAAAUGAAGAUGAUAUUGUUGAAGAGGAGAGAAGACAAGUGGAGGAGAAGAAGCGUGAGCUUAUAAAAGAGAAAAAGAAGAUGGGACGGAAGGAUGCUCCCUCAGGUAUUGGAAAGGGGAGUGUGAAGGUGAGGGUGAAGAUAAAGAUGAGGAAGAAGAGAAUGAAGUUGCAGAAGGAAGCCAGGAAGAAGGUGAUAAGUCAAAUAAAUCUGGGUCAGAGGAUGAGAUGAAAGAAGCUGAUGAAAGUACAGGGUCUGGCGAUGGUCCAACAAAAUCAGUACGCAAAAGAAGAGUACGGAAGGACUGAGUUAUAUCCAACUAGUAUUUUUAGCUCUUGAUUAUAAAAAAAUGUUUGGUAUGCCACUUCGGUGUGCCUGACAGCGUGCAGUUUGCUGAGAUCUGGGGGGGAAAUUGGACUCAUCACUACUUAGCCGCCUCCUUUCAUUCUCCAGCCUCUUUAAUCUUUUCAACCUUUCCUUAAUUCUCUUUAAGGAGAAAUGCUGUAUGUGAAGAGUUAGCUGGUAUGUUGAAUUUAGAAUAAAAGUAAAUUUGCCAGGUGACUAUCUGAUUUAAAAGAUGAAUAUUCUUAGAAAUUAGUUUAAUAGUGGUUGGAGGUAAUUUUGGCUGUAAACGUUUUUUAAAAACACAUAGUAAACUGUAAUAUUUUUGCAGCUCUAACACAAAUUGGCUGCUUACACUUCAGCUAGAAUGGGACAGUAACAGAGAUGUAGCAUCACUGGCAGUUCAUAGCUCUAAAAAAUGGCCAGGCAAACUUUUUCUGUGCAGAACCUAACUGCAAUAAAGUUGUUUUUGUAUGAUAACUGUUUAGUGCUAGAAACAUUUUAUUGUAAAAGAUCUGUCUUUUAGUUGGUGUUAUGUUUUGGUCACAUUCAUUGUAGACAUUUGUUACAGUAAUUUAUUUUAAAGGGGUGCUUUUAAAAUAGAGCAUACAUAGAACAACUGAAUAAGUGUGGCAUGUCUUUAUCUUUAAAUGCAAAAAUGUCAAAUCUACAGAAGGUAGUAGUGUAGAGGUGACAUUUUCAGACUUUUAUAGUUUUCAUGUUCCAAGCCAGAAUGGCCUGACCUCUGUUUACAAAAUAUUUGCUAAGUGUACAUUGCCACUUACAUAAGAUAUUUAAUAAUUUCUGCUUAACAUGAAAUUUAUUACAAAUAAGAUUUUUUUGAUAGGUUCAGUUUUUUACAGUCAUAAGUAACUGGACAUUAAUUUGCAUAAUAUGAUCUAAAUAAACAGCAUACUGCAA